CUUCACCACACGAGUUCAGUCUGUGAUAGUGACAAGUCAAGAUAUCCUUUGAAGGAGUGUGAUGUUACAAAAAUUCUCUGCGUUGUUUUGGUUCAGUAAUCAGUAUUGUGGCCCGAACUAAAUGACAAUCUGGAGAAUAUGCGUACCGUGGUCAAUAUGAUUAAAAUAGCUCACUCGCUGCGUUUAUUUGAAGCUGAGAAGUGAAUGAAUAUUCCCGUGUGAAUGGAAUGGAUAACCUUGACCGAUUGUUAUGACCGAGGCAUAAAAUUUACGUUUAAUUUGUUAUAUAUAAGUAACAUUCAGUUGUGCCAUCUCCACCAAAUUAGAGCCUCACUCCGACCUUAUGAAUGUAAGGGAUUGACCUUGAAAACAUCUUUCGGGUGUUAACCUAGCUUGUCUGUAUCAGGGUACUUUUUUAAGAUAAUUAUACUAGCAGGUUUUUGUGAAAUACGAAGCAACAACCAAAACUGCUGGCCGACGCAUGUGCGAAUAUUAAUCUAAUUAAUGUUGCUAUAUGGACCCUGGAAUUACGUGGCUCUGGACCCUUGAAAUAUGGUCAUGUGCGAGGCCGUGCAUCUUUGGCCAUUGGUCGCCUGGAACCAGCUGACCAAGGGGACCCGCAGAUGGUAUCUAGCGGUAUUACUGGUACUUGGUGUCGUCAGGAUAUUGAGUAUCAGCGUUACCAUCUCUGUUGCAGGUCGACAUGAGCCGGACAUUAUCGAUGAAGAUUUUGUGACGUCACUUGAGGAUGAUGAUGUUAUGUUCUUAGUUAACAGCAAGCCACAAGGCCCUGAAACUGGACAAGAAAUUUUAGAUGAACAAAGUCAUCUUCAAUCGGAAUUUGAAAAUUUGAGUGAACCUGUUGACAACCGUUAUAACAACAUCAUCUUGGAUGACGAAAAAGCUCGAGCAUCCACAAAACAUCCGAAAACUCGCAAGUCUCCAUCUGAAAAUACGGUCUUGUCUGAGUCUCCGGUUCUAUCUUCUGAGGAGAUGCUAAAGGCCGAAGAAGAUUUUGCGUUGCGUAGAAAAAGAAUGCGGGGGACUUGUGUAAAGUAUGGCCUUGGGAAGUACCGGACAAGAGGGAGUGCGGACUCAAACUUCAGGUAUCCUCCUUCAGCCAACUAUGAUGUGCUCUACAUUGACAGGAAAGAUGGCCUCACCUACUGCCCCGUGUAUAAGGCCGCGUCAACGUCUUGGCUCCACAACUUGUGCGUGUUGGCUGGCGCUGACCCCCACUGGCUGAACAAUAAGACUCUACACAUCUCGACCGUUGCUCGACGCUUCUGGCCACAACUGGAGUACGACGUCGCUGCGUCGGUAGUUCCAGGCACACUGAGGUUCAUGAUAGUUCGACAUCCUUUCGACCGCCUCAUCUCAGCUUACCGCGACAAGCUGGAAAACAUCAACGUCGGCCGUGAGCACGGAGUUCUUCAUUUCCAUGAGUCGUAUGGCAAAAAGAUCGUCCACAAAUACCGACUUCCUAACUCGACCGUGCAGCAAGUGAGGUUACAUGAAGAAUCACACUUGCCAAAACCUGCAGGCGUUGAACCCACCUUUCAAGAAUUUGUUAGGUAUUUAAUAGAUAUAGAUUUGGCUUUGUAUGCCGAUGAUCACUGGAUGCCGUAUUAUCUUUUCUGCAGUUCCUGUUAUAUUGACUACGACGUCAUUGCACAUUUCGAGUCACUGCAGAGAGACCAGAUGUAUAUUCUUCACAAACUCAAAUUGGAGACUAAGAUCAAGCCAUCGUGGAAGCAUUUGACAAAAGGGAAGAAAACUGAAGCUCUUCGUGAGAUAUACAUGAAAACACUAAGUGAACGCGAGCGAAAGAUGUUGUUCGACAAGUAUAGAAUUGAUUUUGAGAUGUUUGGCUUCCAAAAUUCGCAUUAAACAUAAAAUAUUAUCGAAAAUACCGAGUAAAUUUGAACAACACUUCAAAUAUAUAUUCCUACUCAACUAACAGUGAUAUAUAGCUACUGCAAAAGUUUUCCAUCAAGGCUUCAUUUGCAUAUUGAUAUUAUAUAGCUAUACGGAGAAGCGACAUCACUUCUCAGGCUGAUAGUCAAAUUUGUAGUACGUAUAAAAUAUCUCCCAAACUAGAGAACGCAUUUCGAUGAAACGUUACAAGUGUGUUCAUUAUGACCUUGCGGUGAUGUUUAGUUCGCGAUAAUCUUUUCGAGUUAGCCUUCCUUAGCGAUGUAUGAGGCUAAACGCGCAAUCCAACACUCAAUCGCAAAGUGUAUGAGGCAUUAACACGUUGCUUCAGUUCAUUUAUAGUUCAUUCGUUCAUUCAUGACUGUUCAGUAGUUUAGAAAUUAUUCUAUGUUCGUGGCGAAUUUUGAUCCUUCUAAGUUGGAAACGAAAAAGAAAAUAAAAUUAGUACCUAAACAUGAUUUUUAGCUCUAGCAUGAUGAAUGGCUGGAAUAGAUCUGGAGAGAUAAAUUUUUAUCGAAUUAAUGCGGUUCUAAUUAAUCUACAAUAAAUAUCUGUUGUAUUCGUUAAACAAAUUAUUCAUUUUUCAAACCUCGUAACCAUUAGUGCAAUUUUUGUUAUUCAACAUGGCCAGCUGCAGGGUUGACAGAUGGUCUUUUUUGGACUAAUUCCACGAUUUAGCUUUUUUUGCGUUGGACUUUGUGAUGGUGGUACUUCCUUAUUUUAUACUUGAUGGCGGUACUUCCUAAAAUUUAUGAUGACGGUAAUUCCUUUACUGAGA